CCAGGAGGACACACACUUGGACGACCGGAUCUUGCGAUCAGCUAGACGGCAGAUAGCCCACGUGUCCCUAGGACCGGAGGGUGAUAGGAUUAUGUUCCGCCAGCUUAGGGAGAGACAGCAGCAGUAGAGGAGAGCUAGAGCAACCGAGGCCAGCAGGGCUUUAGUUCGCGAGGCCGGUGCUACAGCAGCCAUGGCUACUUCCGCCAUGGUCACUUCUGCGCAGCAGACUUCCCAAGCCAGCAGUUCAGGUGUCGUCGGGUCAACGGUCGCGCAGUCCGUGAGUCAGUCCACUGGCAUUAUGGCAAGCCAGGUAGCAGUGUUGACUCUAGAGGAUGUCGCCAUCCAGCAGGCAGCCCUGCAGGAGGCACAGCUACAACGGGCAUUAGGAGAUAUAAAAGCGGAGAAGGAGAAGAUGAUCAGAAGAAGAGCCAGGAUGCAGCGGAGAGGGGCAGACAUAGAGGACGAUGGACCUGACGAACAGGAUGAUGAUGUGAGGGCAGUUAGGAGGGCCCUGCUAGGCGUAAUAGAGAUGCAGGAGCAUCAAACUACCAUCCUUCAGGAUAUCCAACAGAGCCUAGACAUUCUGGCAGGCUGUGCUCAGGCAGCACCAUCACCAACCGGGCCUGGUGCCUGGCCCGUGCCAUAUCCUCCUUUUUCUGUCCCACCGGUGACAGGGGUAUCCCCAUAUGUAGCCCCGUCAUCGAUUGCUAUCGUUUCCUUGGGCAUGCCGCUGUCAGGAGGGGUAACAACAGGGAGUAGUUUACAGGUUCCUUUUCAGACAGUGUACACCCAAACUCCGUCGCAGGUUGCAGUCACCACGCAGCCUGCUGUCUCGCAGAUUGUGCAGCCUCACGACACGCAGCCUCAACAGCUAGCACAGCAACCUGUGUCACCGGGUCCACAGCCCAGAAUGGUGCAGGGACCGGGACAAACUCAGUGGGUACCAAAGACGGCCAUCGCCACUCCCAAACCUUUUACAGGGGACAAGAGAGGCGAAGACCUCGACACAUGGUUGAGGUCAGUGCCAGUCUAUGUCAGGUGCAAACUUACCUUGCCGCACGAAGAAGUGCUUGUGGCUGCAUCUUACCUAAAGGGUAGUGCAGCAAGAUGGUUGAGCGGUUUAGUGCAGCUCCAGGGAUAUGGUCAUGACUUCCGCGCUUGGGCAGCCACCCAGAAACUGGAUGACUUCUUGAAGAUGGUGGAGGAGAGGUGGCACGAUCCUCAGGAGGCUCAAAGGGCCACUGAUGCGAUCCUGAUACUGCACACGAGGCAGUUUAAGUCAGUAAGAGAAGCCACCGACGAUGUUGAGCAUCUGAUCUGUGUCCCAGGGGUGCGCUAUGACCCCCAGGUCCUACUGACUUCGUACUUGAGAUGCUUUUCUCAGCCUCUCAGGAACAAGUUGGCAAAAGAGGCCAACAUCAAUAUGCACAACUUUCCUUCGUUUAGUAAGGCGAGCUUGAUGAGCUUCGCCACCAACUCAAGCGUAGAGAAGGGUUGGAUCCGGCCGAGUGUCUCUCCUUAUGGGUCUCUAGUUUUAUUUGUAUCUAAGAAGAAGGAGGGUACUCUUCGGAUGUGCAUUGAUUAUAAGGGCCUCAAUGCCAUCACUGUAAAAAAUAUUGCGUUUGGCCGCACUCGUGUCUUGUACUUGGGUCAUGAGAUCUCCGCGGAAGGGUUGAAUCCCGAUGACGCGAAGGUGGCCAGCAUUCGUGAUUGGCCACGUCCUCAGUCUGUGACUGAGAUGAGAUCUUUCUUAGGAAUGACCGACUACUAUAGGACUUUCGUUAAGAACUAUAGCAUAGUGGCCGCACCUUUGACUGAUCUGACCCGCCUUGACACCCCAUGGGAGUGGACAGACGAGUGUGAGGCUGCUUUCACACAUCUGAAGCAUGCGUUGACGCACUACGAGGUCUUGAAACUUCCUGAUCCUGACAAGCCGUUUAUAGUCACCACGGAUGCCAGCCAAUAUGGCAUUGGCGCCGUGCUCGCGCAACAGGAGAGGCCAAAGUUGAGGCCAAUCGAGUACAUGUCGAAAAAGAUGUCGUCUCAAAAGUUGCCAAAGUCCACCUACGAGAAGGAGCUGUACGUCGUGUACAAGGCUCUGACCCAUUGGAGACACUAUCUCCUUGGGAGGUUCUUCAUCCUCAGGACUGAUCAUCAGACCUUGAGAUGGAUGAGAACUCAGCCCGUACUUUCUGACGCCCUGAAGCGUUGGAUCGAAGUCAUUGAGCAGUAUGACUUCGACCCCCAGUACCUCAAAGGGGAGUACAACAAGGUGGCUGAUGCCUUGUCGCGUAGACCUGACUUUUCAGACGCCGAGCUGCAGCGGUUCUGGUGGCCCACGAUGAUGCGAGACGCCUCGCUGUACGUGGAGACUUGUCAGGUAUGUCAAAGAGACAAGCCCUGUACUCAGGCUCCUCUUGGGCUCCUGAAGCCCCUUCCGAUUCCGGAACGGCCUGGUGAGAGUCUGUCCAUGGACUUCAUGGAUACUCUGAUCACCAGCAAGAGUGGGAUGCGGCACAUCUUCGUCAUCGUGGAUAGAUUUAGCAAGUAUGCUAGGUUAGUGGCAAUGUCGGAAACAGCCAGAACGGAGUAUGUGAUCAGAAUGUUUAAACAGAACUGGGUCAGGGACUUUGGAUUACCGAAGUCUAUUAUUAGUGACAGGGAUGUCCGUUUCACCAGCGAGUUGUGGAAGGCCGCUGCUGCAGAGCAAGGAACUCAGUUGCAGAUGACUUCUGGGAAUCACCCAGAGGCCAACGGUCAGGCUGAGCAACUGAACCGCGUUGUACAACACCUGUUGAGGCAUUACAUCGAGCCCAACCAGGUGGACUGGGAUGAGAAGCUUGCUCUCAUCGCCAGCUUGUACAACAACGCUGUACACAGCGCCACCGGGGAGCACGGGAUCUCCCGCAAACUCAUGCCCCAGUACUUUGGACCUUGGGAAGUCUUGGAUAUCGUUGGGACAGAUCCGGAUGUGCCAUCUUAUGUUAUCCGGAUCCCUGGUCAUCUCCGUACUUACCCUGUCUUUCACGCCUCCAAGCUGGCACCUUUCAAAGAUACUGAUCAGUUUCCAUCUCGUCGCUCAAUGCUGCCCCCAACCAUGUAUGGAGAGGUGGACAUCGAUGAUAUUGUGGAUCACAUAGAGCUGCCGGUAGCAAGACCAGCAGGCAGGGGACGUCCUCCGAAACCGAAGCUGCAGUACCGCGUUCGGUUCCGGCAUCACACUGAUCCAAAGGAGGACCGCUGGCUCACCAGGGAAGAGCUUAUGCAGACCGCUCCUCAAGUUGUAACCCAAUACGAGGGAUCUCUGCAGAAGGGAAAGCGCCCUAUGAUCGAAGAUUGAGCUUCUCAGAGGACUGUUGAAGCUAA